UAUGUGCUUCUUGUCCCUUUAAAAACACGCCAGAGCUUGCGGUUUGACUUCAUCACCAACAGCGUAGUUCAGGACGUAACAUCGCUCGAUAGUAAGAAUUUCCAUGUCAAUCUUCUAGGUGGCAAAAACCUUACUUUCGAUCGCUUCACGAUCACUGCACCAGGAGAUAGCGUCAAUACAGAUGGAAUUCACAUCGGGCAUUCAAACGGGAUCAACAUUAUUAAUUCAAAUAUUGCCACCGGCGAUGACUGCAUCUCCAUUGGUGGUGCCAGCGAACAAAUAAGGAUCACAAACGUACGAUGUGGACAUGGACAUGGCAUUAGCGUGGGAAGUUUAGGGAAGACCACUGAUGAAUUUGUCUCUGGAAUUUUCGUAAGGAACUGCACCUUCUAUGACACCGACAAUGGAGUGAGAAUUAAGACAUGGCCGGCAUUACAUGGUGGCAGGGCCUCUGAUAUGCAUUUCGAGGAUAUUAUGAUGAAAAAUGUCCGCAACCCUAUCAUUAUAGAUCAAAUGUACUGCCCAUGGAAUCAGUGCAAUCCAAAGCUUCCGUCAAAAGUUAAGAUCUCCAACGUCACCUUCAAGAAUAUUAGGGGCUCUUCAGCGACCGCAGUAGCUGUUCGACUUAAUUGCAGCAGCAGUUUUCCAUGCCAGAAGGUCGAGCUCGCUGACAUUAACUUGACGUACGGAGGAAAGGAAGGCCCUGUAAAAUCCUUGUGUGCAAAUGUUAAACCCACACUUAAGGGAAAAUUGACUCCAACCAUUUGCUAG